AUGGCCGACUCUUCCAACCUCGAUAGAAUCGAGUUCCUGACUCAUGAGAUCCAUUCGGAGAGUACUAUCCCCCUCCUCCAAUAUUUCAUUAAAUGCAAGGAGGAGGAUAGAACCGGCUCUGAAGAGCUUUUUCAUCAAGUGAAAGGAAAGAUUGGCCACCGUGAUCGCGAGAUCCCUGAUGAGGCUGUACAGCUUCAGCAAGUUUUGCUUUCACUCAUUGCCAAUGGCCCUAGGAAGGACGGUGAGAAACUCGAUGGAACACCGACGGUAACCAUUGUCGGAGCGGGAGUUUCUGGUCUGUGCGCCGGCUACGAACUGAAAAAGGCUGGGUUUAAAGUCACGAUCCUGGAAGCUUCUUCACGAGUUGGCGGUCGAGUCAAGACAUUCCGAGAGCCAACCUUUGCCCAUGGUCUUCAUGGCGAGGGCGGUGCUAUGCGUAUUCCAGCCAACCACUACUUGCUGCACAAGUACAUCGAGAAUUUCGGACUUAAAGACGAUCUCUUUGACUUCGAGAUGAAGAACAAGUUCAUAUAUAUCUCCGGCUAUGGUGAGACGAUCACCUAUGAUCAUUUCAACUAUCUGCUGAAACAUCGGGAUGGAAAGCUUCUUACUCUUUUCCCUGGUCUUCGGGAGUGCGAAAAGGGAAAGACGUGUGAUGAUCUUUUCACGCAUGCGGUGAAGCCAGUCGUGAAACGCUUCUGGGAGGUCUAUGACUGCGAAGCUAAGAAUCCUAAAGUCCCAGAGGAAUACGAUAUGGAGGCAGUGAAGAAAGCAUAUGCUGCCAUCACCGAAGAGUUUGAUAAGUACAGUCUGCGAUCUUAUUUGACCGAUGUAGCGAAGUGGACUGAAGAUGCUCUGAAUCUCUAUGAUCUUGGAAACGCUCACGUCGUGUUUGAGAACGGGUUUAUCGAGUCCUUCAAGGACGCGUUUCUGUCAAGCAACAAGGGUGGUGACCAGGCUGGUAUGCAGCAGCUCCAACAGGGAAUGGAUGCAGUGCCGGAUGCGUUUGUCUCUACCAAAAGAGGAAAAGACUCAUUGGUAGAUGAUAUCAUCUACGGCGCGAGAGUUACUGAGAUUGGAGAAGCCGAGAUGAAGGAUCCCCAAGUCCCCUUCCAGCCCCAAGUCAAGGUGACAUACGAGGUUACUGCCAACAGCUUGAAAAAAUCCAUCGCAUCAGACUACCUUAUUCUCGCCAUCCCGUACACGGCGCAACGAACAAUUGCCAAGUCUAAGCCUUUCGUCCCCAUGCAGGAAAUGGCAGUUAGAGACGUGCGCUACGUGGAAGUCACCAAGAUUCUGCUUCAGUACAAAGAGAGAUGGUGGAAGGACGUCUUCACCAAAGCAGACCAAGGCUUAGACGGUGGUCUUGUCAGCGAUCUUCCAAUUCGCUACACCAUGUUCCCGGUAACAGAAAAGAACAGCCAGUUCGAACAUUCCAGCCGUGGUGUCAUCAUGGCAGCAUACACCUUUGAACAAGACGCCACUAUCCUUGGAUCCCUUUCCCCAGACCGACGAAUCCAGAUCGCCGCUGAGAACCUCAACAGGAUCUUCCCUGAAGCCAAGUCACUUGACCUGCUCGAAGCUGGAGCAUCGCAAGUCUUCCCAGCUGAUGAGCUGGCUGGUGGAAGUGCAUUUUGCUACUUUGGUCCAAUGCAGAAGACCAAGUUCUUGAAUGUUAUGCAGAAGCCGGAUUGGGAGAAUAGAGUAUUUUUUGCGGGUGAGCAGGCUAGCUUCACUCACGGAUGGAUUCAAGGUGCCUUUGAGGCUGGACUUCGAUGUGUUCUGCAAAUCUGGUCCGCUGCUGUUGAAGGAAAGGCACAGUGA